AUGCAAGCUCCCACCACAUUGCAGGGUAUCAGCCAGCCCACAGACACCGCAGAGCCGUUAGACAACCUCUAUGAAGACGUCGAGGACCCCGACACCCCUCCCGAAGCUGUGCUCUCCCGAAGAGCCAAGUCCUACUCUGAUUUCUACGACAUCGUCCGCGAGCAUGUGCUUCACGAUAGUUCCAAGAGCAGGAGGCGGGGCAGGUCAAGAAGAAACAAGAAUUGGGAAGCUCUAGCUCUCCCAGAUCCGAAAAAUGUCGAUGACGUGUCGGAGUUUCCCUCGUUUGAUUCCAUACAGGAUGAACUACUACAGGCUAGUCAACAAGAAUACUUAUUGUACUUGGAUCAGUUGGCAAUGACAGAACGACAUCUCGAUACUCUGAUACAAGAUACGAAUGGAGCUCUAGAGCUGCUGGCAUCGUUGUCAGGAUCGUUCCGUGCAGUCGAGGAACAAACCACAUCAUUCCAGGCCCAGUGCGAGGGCCUCUUAGCCGAGCAAAGACGGCUGGAGAAGCUUGGAGAAGAAGUUGGAACCGACCUGCACUACUAUGCGUAUCUCGAUAAUGUUACUAGACGAGUCAAUGCCCCUGGAGCUAGCCGUCUCGUUGACGACGAUGCGUUUGGUGAGAUCCUCGAGAAUCUGGAUUCGUGCAUAGAAUUCAUGGAGAAGAAUUGCUUUGAGCGAUCAUUUAACGAGGCAAUGCUGUUCGCCAAGAUAUUCGCCGUUGAGCCACAUUAUAGUACCGACCCAAACUCGGCUUUCGUUACGCUCAAGUCUCAGCAAAGGAUCAUGGUCAACGCAACAAAUGUUGUGCCGAUUGCAACCAAUCUCCAGUCCGCCAUGCAAUCAUCAGACUUAACAACUAUCUGCAACAUCCUGGGGUGGAUCACAAAUGAAUACCUCCUUUCAGACUACGACGAAGACGAAUCACAGUUCACCAGACAUUGCCAGGAGCUUGCUGCCAGACUCUUGACCGAGCACUUGUGGACGUUUACGGAUGCUUCCUUUGAAGCGGAGAUUGCGAAGUCAAUAUCAAGAGCCCCAGUUGCAGCCGAUUCUCUGAAGAUUGGUCCUGUUGAAGGUGGUGUCGCUUCUUCCAAUGCAUAUCCAAUAGUGAAGCGCGCUCUCGAGUUGCUCAUUAUGUUUGAUCAAGCAAUGCCUAAGGAACGAUGUCAACGAAACAGUCCUGUCGUUUUCAAAAUUGUAAAAGAGACUAUACAGGCUGUCCAUCGUGCCGUGGCACAAAUCAAAUCAAGCAAAAUGGGCACAGAUUCCGAUCUGUUCAUGAUCAAGAACCUGCUCAUCCUGAAGAACGAGUUGGUAUCUCUAGAGAUUGGCGAUGUCCGAAGUCACGACGCCGAUAUGCAACACUUUGGACAGAUCUGGGAGAACCUGAGCCCACAGAAUUUGAUCGGCUAUUUCAGCAGCUUCAUUCCGGGCUCCUUGUGGUCACGGAGUGCCUCUACACCAUCCGCAGCCGCCAAGGCUAAUGGUCAGGCUGACCAAGAUGCAAGUGAGCAGCUGGAUGAGCUCCUCCGACAAUCUAUCUAUGGUUUCACUCAGCGAUGGGCUACGCUCAUCAAUGACGCCAGAGGAAAGAAGCUCGGUGCUAAGAACCUGGGCAAAGUCGAGAAGGAGUUGGAAGAUAUGCUCCAGAUGGCGUUCAGUAACCAGCCAGAAGUCAUCGCCAAGUUGAAGGAGGCUAUCGUCCUCAAUGCGCAAGCGCAAAAUGAAGCCAAGAACGAAAAGAAGGGAAGCAAAAUCACUCGGGUUUAG